ACGGUACCGGUGCGCGCUGGCUGGUAUUUUUCGAAGCACGUAGCCUUAUUAUUAAUCUAUGUUGUUUGGCAGCUUCAUUUACAACAACAGCUGGGAUGGCGCUUCUCGAACACUUCCAUACGGCCUUGGUUAUCUGUGGAGUGCAGCCAAAAUGAAAUUAGGUCUUGGAGUUGCUGGUAUUACCAUCUCCCUAAUGGCCGCUACUGCCCAGGCGGACUGUCCAGACUACACUACGUAUGCACAGAGCCCUCAAGGGAAUCCCUCCUCUGGUCCCCUGGGAUUGCCUUAUAUGCGGCCUGACCCUGCGUGCAGGACUUUCAACAGCACUUCAGUGGAGAAAGUUAUUCUAGAGAUGAAGUCGCGUCUGAAAGACCCUGACAUCGCGCGUCUCUUUGAGAAUACUUUCCCAAAUACCCUCGAUACUACUGUGAAAUACUACAAUGAGAGGGAGAACUUGGCAUUUAUCAUUACUGGGGAUAUCACUGCACAAUGGCUGCGUGAUACUGGCAACCAGUUUUCCCAUUACCACACCCUUCUCUCUGUUGACGUCGACCUUGCCAACCUGGUUAAGGCUGUAAUUAAUAACGAAGCUCGCUAUGUUUCACAGUAUCCUUACUGUGGUGCCUUUCAACCACCCCCUGAAAGUGGUUUGGGACCCUCUGUCAAUGAUUGGGCUCUUGGUGUCCUCGUUAAUCCCCCUGUGGACAAUCAAACAGUGUUUGAGUGCAAGUAUGAAAUCGACUCGCUGUGUGGCUUCAUCAAGCUUUCCUCCUCUUACUAUGAAGCAACAAAGGAUGCAUCCAUGAUGAAUGCAGAAUGGCUUGCCGCAAUUGAUCAGAUCUUCCGUGUCAUUAAUGAGCAGUCUCAAGCUUCCUUUGGUGCUGAUUGGAACUUCAUCUCUUACUACAACUGGACAGGACUUGCAGGCUCCCUUGCUGGUGCAGUAAACAAUGGCGGAAAUGGUGAACCUAAAGGAUAUACGGGUAUGGUCGGGACACACCACAGGCCCUCUGAUGACUUGAGCACAUUCGCUUUCCUUACGCCAGCCAAUGCCAUGCUGAGCGUUCAGCUAACCAAUCUGGCUACCAUUUUGGACCACGCUGGUGUGGCCCCCAAUGUUAGCAGUCAGGCAAAGCACUGGAGUAAAACGAUAGAACAAGCUGUUUGGGAACACACAGUUGUUGAUGGCAUCUUUGCAUACGAGACUAAUGGAUUGGGUUCGCGUUAUGUGAUGGACGAUGCAAACGUUCCGUCUCUCUUGUCACUUCCCUACCUUGGCUUCCUCGACAUGGAUCACCCUGAUUACGUGAAGACCAAGAAGAUGCUCAUGUCCCGCGGAAACCCUUAUUAUGCCAAGGGCAGAAGCUUCAGUGGUAUUGGUGGGCCUCACAUCGAUGUCUGGAACCCUUGGCCUAUGUCUCAGGUUAGCAACAUCUUUGGAACCAAUGAUGACGAGGAAAUCCUGUCCUCGUUGUAUACCAUUGUUAAUAACACUGGCGGCCUUGGUUUGAUCCACGAGUCGAUCAAUAUUUACAACAUAUCAGAUUAUACACGCCCUUGGUUCGCAUGGGCUAAUAGUUAUUUCUCUGAGAUGCUUCUGGACCUCGCGCAGAGAAAGCCCCACCUGAUCUUCAAGGACAGUAAGCCGUACACGCCUGGACAGUGACGCAUGAUGCUGUAUCGUGUCAAGUCACCUAGAUAUUGAUAAGCUUGUCUAUUAUGAUGCAAUACCACGUCCACUAGCACUGUCUGGAAAUGAACUUGCGCACUGUGCUGCGGCAAAGCGAACUAACCUGAGUGUGGGUGAUGGUAUUGGCGGAUGCUAAGCCACAGCCAACCAUGUUCGACCAUUGUGGUAGACAUUUCUACGAUUCAUUCUUCCCUCGACCUUAAACAUUUCUUCCUUCUUUUCUUCAUAUUGAUUAUAUGUCG